GCGGGCAGAGCGGGUCCCCGGGCCGGGAGGCGGCGGCGGCCGCGCGGGGCUGCGGCGCGGGGAUUUUUACUCGCGAUGCCGCUUUGGAAGGAGCUCACUAUGACAGGGCAGAGUCUGAAGGCUUUAUCUGAGGCUAAUUUUGAAGACAAUGAGAUCAGCAUCAACGUUGGAGGCUUUAAGAAAAAGAUGAGAUCCAACACACUAUUAAGAUUCCCCGAGACCAGACUGGGCAAACUGCUGAGCUGCCAUUCAAAGGAGUCGAUACUGGAGCUCUGCGAUGACUACGACGACACCAAGAACGAAUUUUAUUUUGACAGGAACCCUGAGCUCUUCCCUUACGUGUUACAUUUUUAUAACACUGGCAAGCUUCAUGUGAUGGGUGAACUCUGUGUGUUUUCUUUCAGCCAGGAGAUUGAAUACUGGGGAAUCAAUGAAUUCUUUAUAGACUCGUGCUGCAGUUACAGCUACCAUGGGAGGAAAAUGGAGCCAGACCAGGAGAAAUGGGAAGAACAAAGUGACCAGGAAAGUACCACAUCAUCUUUUGAUGAGAUUUUGGCUUUCUACAAUGAUGCCUCUAAAUUUGACAGACAACCCUUUGGAAACGUCAGGAGGCAGCUCUGGCUUGCUUUGGAUAACCCUGGUUACUCAGUCUUAAGCCGAAUCUUCAGUGUCCUUUCAAUAGUGGUGGUGCUGGGCUCCAUCGUGACCAUGUGCCUGAACAGCCUCCCAGACUUUCAGAUUGUGGACAGCAGUGGGAACCCUGAGGAAGACCCUCGGUUUGAAAUCGUGGAACAUUUUGGUAUUGCAUGGUUCACUUUUGAACUGGUGGCGAGAUUUGCAGUAGCUCCUGACUUUUUAAAAUUUUUCAAGCAUGCCCUGAAUCUGAUUGACCUCAUGUCUAUCCUCCCAUUUUAUAUUACUUUAAUUGUCAACUUGGUGGUGGAAAGUAGUCCAACUUUAGCAAAUUUAGGUAGGGUGGCACAAGUCCUGAGACUCAUGAGGAUCUUUCGCAUCUUAAAGCUUGCUAGACACUCAACAGGUCUCAGGUCUCUUGGAGCCACCUUGAAGUAUAGCUACAGAGAGGUAGGGCUUCUUUUGCUUUACCUCUCUGUUGGCAUCUCCAUUUUUUCAGUAGUGGCUUACACCAUUGAAAAAGAAGAUAACGAGGGGUUAGCCACCAUCCCAGCUUGUUGGUGGUGGGCUACAGUUAGCAUGACCACAGUUGGCUAUGGCGAUGUGGUGCCAGGGAGCACUGCUGGCAAGUUGACGGCAUCUGCAUGCAUCCUAGCCGGUAUCCUAGUGGUAGUCCUUCCUAUUACACUGAUCUUCAAUAAAUUCUCUCACUUUUAUAGGCGUCAGAAGCAGUUAGAGAGUGCCAUGAGAAGCUGUGAUUUUGGUGAUGGCAUGAAAGAGGUUCCAUCAGUCAACUUAAGGGACUACUAUGCCUAUAAAGUUAAAUCCCUCAUGGCCAGUCUUACCAAUAUGAGCAGGAGUACUCCCAGCGAACUGAGCCUGAAUGAUUCACUGCAUUAGCAUACAAGUUUGACAGCAGUUUGCAUGAGAGCUUUCAAGAGCUAUGUUUAUAAAUGUUUUCCUAUUUGUCAUCAUCUUUUUUUCCUAGAGGAUAGUGUUGCUGACACUGCACUAACUUUGCACUUGAAAACCUAAUGAAAUUUGUAUUACAAGUUGAGAAUUUGCACAUUUUCAUUCUGUUGCAUAUGUACUAAAUGCUGACUUUUUCAUACAGCUGUUACCAUGACCAUAACAUUAGUGCUAGCAGUAUGGUGAUAAUUUGUUACUUUGUGCAUUUGCCAUAGAAAUCCUCAUUUGAACAGGGAAAGGAACUUACCCAAGCAGAAUAAAAGUUCUCAGCUGUGAAACUAAUAAUGAACAAACCACCUAUCACCUAUACUGGUAUCUCUAGUAGUUCAAGACCAUCUCAAGACAGAUGUAGGACUUCCAGUGUAUUUUAAAACAUGGCACUGCUGCAGUUUUAGAAAACACCUGUGAAUCACUAAUGUGGGAACAUAUUUCCCCACCUUUCUGACUGGUAAUUCUUAUCAUCACAUGUCCGUAAACACCUCCAAGCUUCAUGUUUCAUGGAAACUUGCUUACUCUUGAGCAAAUGUCUUAGAAAUGGGAUGUUCUUCUUUUGAAGUGGUACAGAGGGUAAUAUUUUUCAGAAGCUCUUAAGCAUAGACCUACCUCUGUUUCCAACAUUAGGUCCAUACUGAGCAUUUUGGAGAAGAUUGCUGCUCAUUUCCAGAUAGCUACAUAUUCAAAGACUACAUUUCCACAAGUGGCUUUAGUUAUGGAGGCCCAUGGAGGCUCAGGCUUCCAUUUUCAGAGGUUAUGAGCACACAGCUUGGAUCCAAUGAAGCUAGAGAUACUCAGUAUCAGUCCAUCAAAAUGGGUCUGAGUUUAGGCAUGCAAAUAUGUAGAUUUUCAACAAUUAGAAGCACCAUUGGAAAACUUGCAUUGGUUUAAUGAAGAGAAAUAUUCCCACAUGAACAGUACAGGCAGCAUUUUAGGAACUGACAUUCAUAUACUGCAAAAAGACUAAUUAUAAAGAUGCCAUAUGUGAUCCUGAGAUAUAAGAGCUAAUUUUAUCAGGAAAGCUUGAAAACAGGUGUUGAGGGCAGACAAUUCCAUUAAGCUUUCUGCCAAGGAAACUCUAAGGGGAAAAAAAAAUGUAAGUCAUAUUUUUAUUCAGAAAAGAACUCACAACUUCCAACUAACAAAAAGUACCAGGGCCUAAGAAAAAAAUAGAUAAAGCGCUUAAUACUUCACUCACCAUGGGCAGAUUCUCCUCCUAGCUGGUUCAGUGACUUAGUCUGUUUAAACCCUCUCAAAGGCUGGCCUGUACAUUUUCAAGUCUUUUUAAAAAAUGGGAGAGCAGAUCACCUCGGUUUUCAAGAAUAAUCAUGAGUCUGCAUAAGCUUAUCUUUUCAAUGAUGAGCCUUUUCCGUUAUGUAAUUGUGCAGACAUCAAACACUCACAGCCAACAGGCAGACCCCACCGUUGUCCUUUCUUUGUGUUCCUGCUGAUUUGUGUUAUAAAACAAACUACUGACACUCAGUGAACAUAAUGGCUUUCUUUUUUCAUUUUUUUUUCCAGCCAAUUUAUUACAUAUAGUGUUCCAAUUUUCUUUGCUAUUUGUGAAGACUAGAGAGGUCCAGAAAAUAGAUUUCAACUAGUAGGAACAAAAAUUAAAACAAUAAAGCUAAAAUUGUCAUGUUUGGAAGUGUAUGCUUGCAUACCACAACUAAGAGUGGUACCUGAAUACAAGUAGCCCAGCUAGCAGAAUAAAGUGAACUGAGUACGAAUAGGUAAUUUCCUUUAUUAGACUACUAGAAGUUGUUGUCCAGUCCUGAUUUUUUGAUGUUGUUUUAUCAACUCCCCUUGAAAACAGAAAAUUGAGCACCCAGGAUCAGAUUCCUAUAUGUCCAGUGACCUAUCACAGAAUGCACAAUGUGAAAUAACUUACUCGCACAUAAAAUUUCCUUUGAACACCCUUCCCCCACAUCAAUUAGUAGUUGAUUUAGGGCAUAAGUUGCAAGGGAAACAGGUCCCUUCUAACCUUACCAAAAUAAAACUCUCUGAGAUUUCAACUUGCCAAACCUAUAAAGUCAAUAGGCAAGAAGGGUGCUUAGUAUCCCUGAAAACCAGAAAGCUAUAUACCUGUUCCUGAACGUAGGCUCAGAUAACCUGAAUUAGGCAUCCAGACUUGAAAUGUUUUGUUGAGGCUUCACAUCUGGAGAGCUAGUUCAAAUUCUCUGCUGGAUCAUAGGCGUAAGUUAAUAGUCUUGUCCCUGCCUCUCACUGCACAUGUGUAAAUUACCCUACACUCAGGAAUACCCACCAAAAAGCAGCAUAGCACUAGGUUGGCUGUCAGAUUGAAAUACCAUGAAAGAAAUAAGAGAGGGAAGAGAUGGGCUUGCAAAGCAAAUACACCCCUGCCGGGUAAAGUCUGCAAGAUGGGCAACAAUCUCCCACUGAUGUCAAGGACACUGCAAUUCUUGCUAGGUCUGUUGGUUUGGGGCCUACGGAGAAUCUAGCUCUAAGCAGGGCUUUUAUUUCAGUUUCACAAGCUGUAGAUACACAGAGUUUGAAAACAACAUCUUUCAGGGCAGUUAUUUGAAGAGACCUGUAAACUUGCCAAAGAGUCACGAAUUCCUUCAGCUGUUGCUAGUUCAGCAUUGCAAAGGUUGGAUCCAAACUUUGCAACACAUCAUUUCAAUAACCUAUAGUUUAUCUUACGCUGUAGAUUUAUUAUUCAUAAGGCUGGUGCUCUGUCAUUUCUGCAAAUAUUGAAUGGAACGUGUCCAAAUUGCUUUUGCUAAAGAACAUGAAAUACCCCAAGGAAUCAUGACUUUUAUUGUACUGGUUGAAAGGAAUUUUCAUUAUUGCUUUUUUAUAUAAGUGCUUUGGAUCAAAGACACUAAAUAAAUAAAGUACUGAAAUUUAA